GAACACCGAGCUGCCGGAGGUUAAUUCGUUGUGUACCAUUUUCCGGAGCCGUCCAACCUUCGCUUCUGGGUUUCGUUUGUCAGUAAAACCGGAGAUCGUUCCGCCUCCGUACAUUUCCGAGUGAUUUGUGACGAUUGAAACGCUUCACUAUGAAGUACUUGUUACUUCUAGUACUGGGUGUGUUCCUGUUUGCAGGAAUACAGCAGGUGCGGGCGGAGGCCGAUGAUGACGAUGACACGUUACCACUGGUGGACAACAAUCUGGGUGCAUCGAAGGAAGGUUCGAGAACGGACGCCGAGGCGGUGAAACGGGAGGAGGAAGCGAUCAAGCUGGAUGGAUUGAACGUGGCCCAGAUAAAGGAGCUGCGGGAAAAGUCGGAAAAGUUCACCUUCCAGGCGGAGGUCAACCGGAUGAUGAAGCUGAUCAUCAACUCGCUGUACCGCAACAAGGAGAUCUUCCUGCGCGAACUGAUCUCGAACGCUUCGGAUGCGCUGGACAAGAUUCGGUUACUGUCGCUCACCGAACCGGGCGUGCUGGACAGCAACCGCAACCUGGAGGUGAAGAUCAAGGCGGACAAGGAGGGCAAGGUGCUGCACAUCAUCGAUACCGGUAUCGGUAUGACGAAGCAGGAUCUCGUCAACAAUCUCGGUACAAUCGCCAAAUCCGGUACGGCCGACUUCCUGUCGAAGAUGCAGGAUACGAAGUCGGAGGGCCAGGACGUGAACGACAUGAUCGGUCAGUUCGGUGUCGGUUUCUAUUCGGCGUUCCUGGUGGCCGAUCGUGUGGUGGUCACGACGAAGCACAACGACGAUAAGCAGUACAUCUGGGAGUCGGAUGCGGCCAGUUUCAGCAUUGUGGAGGAUCCGCGCGGUGAUACGCUGCAGCGCGGUUCCCAGGUUUCGCUCCACCUGAAGGAGGAGGCACUUGACUUCCUGGAGGAGGACACGGUGAAGCAGCUGAUCAAGAAGUACUCGCAGUUCAUCAACUUCCCGAUCUACAUGUGGACGAGCAAGGAGGUCGAAACGGAGGUCCCGGUGGAGGAGGAGGCUGUUACGACCGAGAAACCGGCCAAGGAGGACAACGCCGACGAGGAGGAAGAGGACGUAAAGGUUGAGGAAGAGGAGACGACCGAUGAGGACAGCAAACCGAAGACGAAGAAGAUCAAGAAGACGGUCUGGAACUGGGAGAUCAUGAACGACAGCAAACCGAUCUGGACGCGCAAGGUCAGCGAGGUCACGGCGGAGGAGUACAAUGAGUUCUACAAGAGCUUGACCAAGGACACGUCGGAUCCGCUCACCCAGACGCACUUUAUUGCCGAGGGUGAGGUCACGUUCAAGUCGCUGCUGUAUGUGCCGAAGGUGCAACCAUCGGAAAGCUUCAACAAGUACGGCACGAAGGCGGACAACAUUAAGCUGUACGUGCGCCGUGUGUUCAUUACGGACGAGUUCAACGACAUGAUGCCGAACUAUCUGAGCUUCAUCCGCGGUGUCGUCGAUUCGGACGAUCUGCCACUGAACGUGUCGCGUGAGACGCUCCAGCAGCACAAGCUCAUUAAGGUGAUCAAGAAGAAGCUGGUCCGGAAGGCGCUCGAUAUGCUGAAGAAGAUCGACAAGGAGCAGUACGAGAAGUUCUGGAAGGAGUACUCGACCAACAUUAAGCUCGGCAUCAUGGAGGACCCGAGCAAUCGGUCCCGGUUGGCGAAGCUGCUGCGCUUCCAGUCGUCCUCGACCAAGGACAAGGAGUACACGAGCCUGUCGGAGUAUGUGGAGCGUAUGAAGCCGAAGCAGGACAACAUCUACUUCAUUGCCGGUCCGAACCGUGCCGAGAUCGAAAAGUCGCCCUUCGUCGAGCGGUUGCUGUCGCGUGGUUACGAGGUGCUGUUCCUGGUCGAAGCAGUCGAUGAGUACAGUAUUUCGGCGUUGCCCGAGUUCGAUGGCAAGCGUUUCCAGAACGUUGCCAAGGAAGGGUUCACACUGAACGAGUCGGACGAAGCGAAGGCACGGUUCGAGGAGCUGAAGACCGAGUACGAGCCGCUGCUCAAGUGGUUGAACGAUGUGGCCCUGAAGGACAAGAUCGCAAAGGCCCAGCUGUCCGAGCGUCUCGCCAACUCUCCCUGCGCACUGGUUGCUUCGAUGUUCGGCUGGACCGGUAACAUGGAGCGGCUGGCGCUGGCCAACGCUCACCAGAAGACGGACGAUCCGCAGCGCAUGUACUACCUGAACCAGAAGAAAACGCUCGAGAUUAAUCCGCGCCAUCCGUUGAUGCGUGAGCUGUUGCGCCGUGUCGAUGCGGAUUCCGAUGACAUUGUCGCGAAGGAUAUGGCGGUGCUGAUGUUCAACACGGCCACCCUCCGAUCUGGCUUCCAGCUGCCCGAGACGGCCGACUUUGCCGACAGCAUCGAGCGAAUGAUGCGACAAACGUUGGGCGUUUCGCUCGAGGAGAAACCCGAACAGGAAGAGUUCUUCGACGAGGACGCGAACAGUGCGGCCGCGGGUGGACAGGAUGAGGAAGAAGAAACCCUCGAUGCCGAUGAACAUGACGAGCUGUAAGAAGAGGAGACCACUACCAUCCAUUCCUCCUCGUGGAGCGCCAGAUUCGCUGGUGCGCGAGGGGCAUCUCUUCGGGAUUGCCCCAGAUCUAGUAGCCCUCCCAACAAAGCAUGACUGAUGUAAGAAUGUAAGCACGAAUGUGUGUGUUUGUAUGUGCGUGUGCAUGUAUGAGGAUGUAUGUGUGAUUCUAAUUGUACGUAUGUGAGCAUAGGCAAGUGUGUAAUCGCAAGCAGAGCCAAACGUUCCCGAUCGGUUCGCGCAUCCGUCUUUCCCCGCUAGCGGCGAAAGAGCACUGAAAUGAUUCCAAACACCUGUUCUUGAGGAAUUGUGUACGCACACCUUCGAGAGAGAAAGAAUGGACAAAUUCUAUUGUUCAUCAACAGUGAAAGUAAAAGCAAAGCGCGACAGUGGCAAUGGCAACUACACAGAGAGACGCAUCACGGAAAACAAAAAGGUAGGAAAAAAAAAACACCCCAGAUUGUGUUAGCAG